CAGCAGUACUGCGCUCAGAGGGUUUAGUUUACACAUCGCGUCACGAUGAAAGCUAGUCCUCCCGCCCAGUAGAAAAUUUGACUCUUUUUUUCAUUUUGAUUUCGUUUGUUGAUACGAUUGAGAACGGUCGCGGUGGUGACUCGAUCAUCUUUCUUGAUGAAAAUUCGGUAUACUAAAAAAAUUUGAAACAAAAUUGAUCCGACUCUUUCAACAAUUCGAUUAUAAAGUUUGAAGGGACGCGAGAAUAUUAUUUUCACACUUCACCAAAAAAGGAACAUUCUAAAAAGAGCCAGUGAACGUUGAAUUUCCAACUAUUUAUCAAGCUUAUCUUAUCGAAAGACGGCACACUUUUUUCCACCUUGAUUUUGCAUAUCUUUAAACCGCAACCGAAUACUUAUCCUCAAGCAUUUUUCGAGUAUACUUACCCGGAUGAGGAUGACACGACGAGUGUAACGCGCCUGACAACUACGUAACAUCCGUGAAGAAGAACCGUUUAUUCCAUAAAACGUUCGUUUCGUCCUCAUUUUCAUCAGUUAAAACGUAACAUACGUAUCUUUAACAAAUACGAUUACAACAAAUCUUUUAGAUUUUCACAAAAACGUAUCUACUUUUCUUUAUAUUCGAUCGGAUAAUACAGUGGAAUGUUUCGCACGAACGAUGAACACGUGUUUGACGUCAAAAGAGGAAGAUCACGUUGGCUGAUGAUCGAAUGCGAACUUAGAUAAGGGCUGCUUUUUCUUCUUCUUUUUCUAACAAGGAAAAGAAAGAGAGAAAGAGAGGGAGAAUGGCAUCAAACAAGAACAAAGGAUCAACAACGUCGGAAUGGAGUAUCGCGAGAACUGGGAUAUCUUUAUUGUUAAAUAACAAAACAGAGGAAGCUGAGGCAUUGUUCACUGGACAUCCUCAUAGUUUCCACGUUAAAGCGGGUCGUUGUUUCGUCCUUUUCAUGAAUGCAUUGAUGAGCUUCGAGGAUGAUAAACUGCAACAAGCCAUGCUAUUGUUGAGAGACAUGGAAAGGGAAUGUGCGAACGAUAUCGGUUGGCUUAAAUCUAUGAAGAACAGGGUAUUUAAGGCAGAGGAAAGCUCUAAGGAAUACGUCGACAAAUUGGAGAGGCAGAUAGUACUAGCGGAUUCGCAAGUUUGCUCAGCAAUAUUAACACUUCUCCAACAAGAGCUAACCGGUUAUGUUCGUGGUGGUUGGAUGCUGCGUAAAGCCUGGCGUGUUUACCAGCACACGUAUGUGCAAAUAUCGCAGCUUUAUAGGCGUACCUUUGGCAACGUACCAUCGGAUUUCGAGGUGAACUGUAGCGUACCAGGGAGAAAUGGUUCUUGUUAUUCGCUCCAAAGUCCAUAUAGUCCAGGUUCCUCGGAAUGGUCGAUUCCAUCUUUCAAUGGUUCACCUGGCAACUCGACCCCCAUCACCUCACCAUCAGGUCUGCGAAGCUCCCUAUCAAUGUUCUUCUCGAUCACUGGCAUCACGUCCGAACAACAGACACCUUUUGUCGAACCAUCCGAAGUGACCCGAUUGAUGUCAGCCGUGAGCUUUGGUUAUGGGAUUUAUCAACUUUGCGUGAGCCUCUUACCACCUUCCCUGUUAAAACUUAUUCAUUUUUUGGGCUUCGAGGGUGAUAGACGAGCUGGUCUUACAGCUCUUAUGUAUGCUCGUGUUAGUGAGGAUAUGCGUGCUCCAUUAGCAACAUUAUCCCUUCUCUGGUAUCACACGAUAGUGCGACCAUUUUUCGCUCUCGACGGUUCCAACGUAAAAGCAGGAGUUAACGCAGCGAAACAAUUAAUCGAGGAAUGUCGCAUGGAAUUUCAGAAUUCUGCUCUUUUUCUCUUCUUCGCAGGCCGAGUGGAACGUCUCGAAUCGAACGUUAAUGCCGCCCUUGAAGCUUACGACAAAGCCGUGGAUGCAUCGAGUCAAAGAGAAGUGAGAUUAUUGUGUCUGCAUGAGGUUGCCUGGUGUCACCUGAUACGUUUGAGUUACGAAGAAGCUUAUCGAUCUUUGACACAAUUACAGCAACAGUCUAGAUGGUCGAAAAGUUUCUACGCUUAUUUGGCGGCAGUCUGUUGCGGAUCGAACGGAAAAUUUGAAGAAUUGAUGACGAUGUAUCGGAAAAUAGUUCAAUUGGUCGCCGGUACGACAAAGGAAACACAACUUGGCCUUUUUAUUUUACGAAGAGCUCCGAAAUUGGUUGAUCAAGAUACAGGUCGAGCUUAUACAAUUUUAUAUUACAAAUUACUUGUCUACGAGUUAUUAUACCUUUGGAACGCCAUGCCGUCUUGUUCUAUUGAAGCAUUACGAGGAAUUUUGUUAGAUUGUAAGGGCAACCGUUCAGAAGAGCCAAUGGUUGGAUUGGCUGAUUUGAUCGAAGGUGCAGCUUACUUAUAUCUUGGUGAUAGACAAGCGUCUAUCAGAAGUUAUAGAAGCUGUUUAAAACGUCGCAAUCCGAACAAGGAUAUGUUUGAUCAACACGUAAGCGCGUUUGCCCUUUACGAACUCGGUAGUAGCCUUUGCACCAAUGACAAUAUCGAGGAAGGGAAAAAUUUCUUAUUAAGGGCCCAAACUCAAUAUAGAGAUUACGAUUUUGAAAGUAGAUUAAACGUACGUAUACAUUCGGCCUUAAAGGAUCUAAAUUGACGACAAAUAAUACGAAAUAAACACAAUCCAUAGCGUACAUAAGAAUACAAAUUUUAGAAUUAAUUAGAUCUGCGUGAAUGCACGCUUCGAAUCGAUCUUUACUUUACAACAAAAAAUUCAACCUUUAUUUCAUUCAAGCACCCGUUUAUGUAUAUUUUAUACAUAGAUAAAAAUAAGGUGGACGAAUGUGCUAAUAUUCGCAUGGUUCUAGCGAUGCCUGUAUGCGUUCCACGCGUUUGACUAUUAUAAAUAUCUAUAUGAUAUACAGGGUGUCUCAUCUGAAGGAGGCCACCGAAAUAUUAGCUUUGCUUUUAAAACACGUUGAAUGCCACGUUAAUUUUACAUGGCUUGGUCGUGGCGCCAACACGGUAUUAAUUAUUAUAUUAAAUUGAAAUAUUAUUUAGAACAUAUGAGUUUAAAUGUGCAAUCGUGUGCAACGCAUUUAUUUUACUUCGGGACAUAAUUGGUGACUAUCGUCGCACUGAAAUGCAUUUCUUUGUUUUUUCUCAAUAAACAAAUUGCCGAUAUGGUGAAAUUGAGAAUUGCCUUUUUUCACGUGCGAGCCUAUCGAGAAAAACAUACCAUACAAUCAAAUAUUUACAUUUCCGGAAAAGUCAGGAUCACACGACGAUUUUGUAAAAUAUGUUACCAACAAAAAAUAUUAUAUACUUUAUAUUUAAAAUCAAAGGCAAAAAAACUGUAUCAAAUAAGUUGUGAAAUAUUGUUGUUUACCUUUCCUUUAUUUGAAGUGUUUUAAUAUGACAGAUACAAUAUGCGUGCAUACGUGUUAUAUGUAUAAAUAAAACUAUUUUCUUAUGUUCUA